AUGUCAUUGCCACCCUCAUCACCCUUACCAUCACCAUCACCACUGCAAGUAACACCACCGCCAGCACCACUGCAAGUACAAUUCGGUACGUCCCAUACCAUCUAGCAUGAUUCGGUCCCUCCUUCCCCCACAUAUGUACUAACAUCACCUCCCCUCUUCCCCUUUCGGCGAUAAAGAGUCCUUGAAAUUAGAUGAUAAUGAUGACGAUGAGUUGGUAGAUAUCACCCAAGACAUAUUCACCUCGCUCCAACAUAUUAAAGACAACCGAGUAGUCAAGUCGCGUUUAUUUGAAUUACUCGAAGGCACACGAGCUUUGGAAGCGCUCAACGCAAAGCUAGACACGGGAUUAAUUGAUUUGGACCGCGAAGAGAUUGUAUUUGAUUGCACGGCACCGCAACUGCCGCAGACGGUAGCCCAUAUCCAAAGCUGUUUGCUAAGUCAAUUGGUCAACUGGUUUGAAAGCGAGAGUUUGACUGUGAGUGUGCUUAGUUGUCGAUAUGUGCUGAAUUUGUUGCUGAACUAUUUGAGCUCUGGCGAUUGCUCAUUCGGAGACGGCAGAGUCGUGGGUCAUUGUGCAACUAGCGCAAGAGAAAAAGGCCAGGGAGAAGAAUUCAACCAGUUGGUUGUGGAUAAAGUGCUCAAGACUUUUAUCCGCGGAUUGUGCGUCUUUAUCCGGUUCAUGCUCAACUUGGCGAGAACUUUCUUGUACGAUGAAGAGGAUAUCAUGACGCGAUGCAUGAAUUUGAAUUUCUUGGAAACUGUGCUGGUUCAGAGCAUAGUUGACGAGAUUGAUCAAGUUACAAAAUGGAUGUCGUCGCAGCAACCAGAGUUUGAGGUGGUUGGUGGGUUAUUGAUUAGCCAAUUGGAAAUAGUGCGGGCUUUAAACCAGUUUGAACUUAAAAUGGACGACGUCAAGAUCCCAUUUUUGGAGCUGGGUGUCGCCUCGCAAACGCAAGCAUUUGAAUUUUGUGACAAAGUUCAGCAACAUAUACUGGUGGUUCGCGAUUACAGCCAUGAUAAUCAAGCACUGAUACCAGCGGGUGUGUUUUCAAGAUUUAUCCAGGCUGACAUGUCGAACCUGAAUAUCCCCGUAGCGGCAGCCACGCCCAAUAUCCCACAUGCGUGUGAUCACCUCAGUGGCAUAUUCACCACGAUUGGACAAUUUGUCACGGGCGCAGCGCAAGUAAGCUCAAUCAACCAAUUGCACGAUUACCUCCAUUUUAAAAUCGAAUACCCCAUCCACCAAUUAUCGGUCUUUGCCCGAGGAUAUUUCCAGCUUUUCUUUAUUCGCGACGACAAGUCCAUAUUCGGGUCAUCUACAAACAUCUCGGAGCUCACGCGAGAGAUUGUUGAGAAUGUCAUUGGCGGCAACACGAUCUUGCUCCAUGAUCUCACUUUGCAUACCCUUGCCCAAUUAAAAGACUCGGUGAAAGUCGAAGUCACGGCUCAGCAUGGCGCAUUUAUGCAGGAUCUCGAGAGCGCCAUAUAUAACAAUUUGUGCAUAUUUGGAGCGAAUCCGUGUAGGGCGCAGCAGUUGACGUCAAAGGGGCUCGUGUUGUGGGACACGUUGCAAGUUGGCUGGGAAUCAUUUGAAGUUCAAAUGUUUCAAAACUACAAGAUUGGCAAUCUGUUGAGCAACGGUGAAGCUGCCAUUGGUGUCACUUCCUAUAUAUAUUUCCAGAAAUUGGAAAUGAUGUUUCAAUUGUUGAUGGGCGGGGUCAAGUUGGAGUUGUACAAGCCGUUUGAAAUCUAUUGGGUCUACUGGUAUGCUGGGAUCUUGUUGCGGUACUUGAUCCAUCAUUUGCAGAAUCGAGUGCACGAGGUCUUGGAGGCCAAGAUUGUUGAUAUCCAAGUGCAUGCACCCAAAAGAAUCAAAAAGUUGAAGAGCGGAGCAAAGAAAGAUACCAUGAGGGAGCAGUAUGCACGCGAUGUCAAAGUGGCGGUCCCGCGAUUGUUGCAUUCUAUGCAGCACCGGGCUAGACUUGUUGAAUCGUACACCAUGCUCGACACCCUUGCCUCUUGCUAUGCCAAGUACUGCAUCGUCUUGGCCAAGUUGAAACUCGUGGACUUUGUUAAUGGUCCACCUAAACGGCUCACUUCGAUGGAGCAUUUGUAUCAUUUGAGAAUGAAGCCGUGGUCUUCGAUUGGCGUGCCGCAGUUGCCAACUUACUACAGCUAUAAACAAUCGCUUGCUGCUAGUGCGCCUGAACCGGAUAUGCGUUUCAAUCUAUUAAAGUGUCUCGAAAUCUUGGCUAGCAUCAAGAGUAGUCUAGCUGAUUUCCAGCUGAAAUUCAUCGUCUGGAAGAGCACAGACUUGAACAGGCACAUGUUGGAGCUUGAAUGGUGGGAAGAGGUGGCUAGAGCAGGCGAAACCUUGGGUACCAAUGCGAGCGACUUGGGCAAGAUCUUGUCCUUGAACAAAGACAAUCUCUCCAACAUUGCAAGGGACUAUAGGGUCAACAUUGGGAAAGGUCACCACGCCUAUUUUGUAAAUAUCACCGUUGAGAAGAAGAAGAAGAAUCUGUAA